AUGCCGACUGUCGAUGGCAAAAUCCUCGAGACCGGCAUAAAUAUUCCGGACCUACCAGCGUGGCUUUCGCCCACUUCGCCCCGCGAGCUCUUCCUCCGCCAGGGCAAGCAGCUCUCGGCGGACACGCCGUCUCCCGAUGAGCCCGACUCGGUCUUCCAGUUCGGCCUGGCCGAUCCCACGCCGGCCAUCGGCGCGCCAGCAGCUCGAGCCGCUGGCGGCGGCCGUCGAGCUGCGCACACGCGAGCGACCACCCGCACGCUGGCCUGCUUGUCCUGCUCAGCUGAAUCGAUGACGCGGGCGCCUCCUCGCGCAGCGUCAGCGACGCCUACGUGCGGCUGCCGGGCAUGCAACAACAAGAGCCGCUGCGUCUCGUGCUCCGCGACUGCGAGCACAGGUUUCCGCACCGGCAGCCGCAUACACCGCCUCCUCCCCGCGGGCGGCUCGCAUCCGCGCUACCUGGGCAACCUGGGCAUCGAGGAGAACCCGGGUACGGGAGUGACAAUGCGGCCGGCGCGGUACGCCGUUCGGCACGGCCAGUCGGCCGUUUCCAAGCUAGUGCUGCCCGUCACGGCAUCCGGGGCGGUCUGGUUUGGUGGCUGGUUGAUGAAGCAAGGGCUCUCGCUGGUCCUAUAUUGA